GCAGCAACGUUUCGAUUUUUGUUGCCUUGUUCGUAUAUCGACCGCUUAUUAUUAUUUUGAUGUGUGUUUGAGCGGCGCGCGACUUCCAAGCAAUAAUGCUUGUCGACGACGUCGCCAACUAUCCCAGUACGAAAUCAAACAAUCUCCUUAAAACAACUCCCAGUGUCCUGGACUUCAAAACAUUACAUUCACACAAUCACACACGAUGAAUUAUGGCGAGGUCGACGCAAAGCGGCGGCGAAAAAUUGCGGGCGAACGCACCCCGCCGAUUUUAUUGCGGCGGCGUCUUAGCGCACCCGAGACGAUAAUGCGAAAGCAUCUACUGGCGCAACAAAGAUCUUCCUCCCAAGACAGCCAAAAGUCCUCCGAUUCGGACACUAAUGCGAGUUGUGCAAGUGAUUCUAACUUAAAUAAACGCAGACAUCCCGACAUUCGGAGAUCAACUUUAAUGAAACGUUUCUGGGAAAGUUCAAAGGGGAAUCUAAAUGUGCCUUCGUUUCCAUCUUCAUACGCAGAAUGGCAGCACGGUUCCUACAGAUCAAAGGCUGGUUCUACGAAAAGUUUACUCAACGAUUCACCGAAACACGUGCGGAAUUUACCACGACGCCUUUUAUUGCCCGAAUCGCCAUCGGAUACAAGUUUUGCAACAAACGUGCCUAAAUCGGAAGAAGAUUCAUACGUUGUUUAUUCUUCUAGAACGGACGCAACGGAUUCUUAUCCCCUCAGCACACGGUCAGAGAGUGUUAAUAAUAAUGACGAUAAUACAUCAAGUUCUAAUAUGGCACCGACACCCAAACGGAUAGUCCAAGCAACUAAGGCUUAUCGGAUCAAUAAUAAUGGUAUUAAUGACGUUACGAACACAGCAGAUAUUCCGAAUCUUCCAAUUAAGUACCAGUUAACCAUUGGUGAUAAUGAAAAGCAUGUUGUAUCAAAUGAAAAUCAGCGAGAAGUUGGCAAAACAAAUUUAAACGUGAUUACAAACGUGCAACUUAGUCAAUCAACAUUGAAUACAAUAUUUAACCAGGUGAUGCAGGACGUAUUGCACAGUCCCCCACCAAACCCCGAAUUGGUGGAUGAGAAUAUCGUUAAACAAAAAGCAUAUAAUUUCAAACUGAAUUUAGAUCCUAAUGAAAAUGCAGAUAGCGAUCAGACGAAAACUAAUAUAGAGCAAAAAUGCAUUAGCGAAAUUAAUGUGGGUAGUCCUUAUAAAAGUCCUUCGCCUGCAGUACCUCGUUUAUCAGCGCUUCCACGAACUAGUUCAAUGGAAGUAAAUAUAUCUUCGAAUGAUUCUUUAGAUAAAGAUUCUGACACUAGUUUGGUGGAUAGUUUGGAUGACCCAUCGUCGCCACGAGUUAAAAUAAAACGUCAUACAAAUAUUAAUAUUACCAAAAUAAAUGAUAGCGAAGUUUUGGGAGAUGGCGAGGAAAUUAUCGAACAAAAGGAAACGAAGAAAACUAUUAAAAAAUCAUCAGUGUUUUAUAUUCCUAUUGAUAAUACCGACAAGUCUGAAUCGGAUUCACCACACGUCGUAUCAAAUUUGCUUCCUAGUAAACUGAAAGAAAAAUUACUACAACGACAGAUGAAACGCGAAGAAAAACGUUUGCAAGAGAGGAUGAAAGCUUUCGAUAUUGAGAAUGGUAAUGCGAGUGCUUAUUUUUCGACAAGUCCUGAAACACCAUUACCAUCAAAGAAAAAUACGACUAGAACGAGCAAAAAAGCUAAAACAACUUUACCACAAAUUGAUUUGUAUAGAGAUUUUAAUAAGAGUCUACGCGCCAACUAUACGCAGAGAUCCCUCAAUAGAUAUCGUGAAUCGGUGGAGACGACCACGAACAGCCGCAAGUCGUUUAUGCUGCCGAAAUCUCAUACCAGACAAAACACUUUACAAAAUCAAGGUAAACAAAAACAAAAAACAAAAAGUUCUUCCACCAAAGAAUCAGCAAAACAUAUAGAGAUCCUAGAAAUCAUGGAAAUUGUAGAACCGGAACGUGCCAUGCACCUGACCCCAAAGUCAAAGUCACGAAUUCCCAUUUUUCAACACGCAUCCGGCACAAAAUUACCGAAACUGAGGCCGAAACCUACGUUCCUUGACUUUGGAGAGGUGGGACAACCCGGAGACCCAAAGUUGGAUCAAUUAAUAGCUAAUAUAUUAAUAGACACUUUAAACCACGAAGAUAUAAAGGAUUUAAAGGAUCGCCCACGGAAAUCAAACGUAGAAACCGAAAAAAUUCAAGCCGCAACCGCCUCUAAGGAGCAAAGCAAUAAUAAUUCCGGCUUGAUUGAACAAGCGGCUGAAAUUCUCACCAAACAAGUCUUAGGCAAUAAUAAUCUUGACAGUCCGCAACUGACAGAACAAGUAGGCCAUCCUCAGGAAGCGGAAAAUAUUCCACAAGGCUGGAUAACAUUCUAUAUGUUGCAAAAGACGCAGUCGCCCGAUAGUACGUCCGAUGAAGGAGUGAAAACUGCAAACACUGCAACGAAAGGCACGCAAUACUCGACGUGUGACGCCGAUUCAAAGAUGCCGAAAAAAUAUAGACUACGACGAAAGACUCAGCAAGAUGGUUGGAGUGUUACAUUUAGCAAUAAUCAUGACGACGAAGUUGAAAUGAAGUUUAAAUUUCCUUCGUUGAGUUCAAAACGGCAAACGAGCAAGAAAUCAGGCGAAAAAUGUAAAAACCCAGGUUUAAACUUUGAAGAUGUCUGUGAUAACAAUUUACAAUCAGAAAUUUACAAGUCGAAGCAAUAUUUAAAAAAUCCUGCAAAUGUAAAAAAUCGUAGGCGUCAAAUAUCUCUAUCACCACGUGCGACAAAAACAAGUCGUCAAAGGACUAUGCUCCAUCGGCAACAUCACGUUCACAAUUCAUGUACCGAAGCGGAUAAUAUCUCACAUAUUCUGUCAAUCAGUGGAAGCGGGUUCAAUCAGAUCCGGCGUUUGCCACAUUCCCACAUGAAUGAUUUAUUAUUGAAGAAACUGUUUGCAAAGUGGCGAGGACAGCAAGGAGUAGAUGCUAAUAACGAGACCGAAGUAAAUGUGGCUCAACACUAGUUGCUAGUGAAAUAUAUUUGUAUAUUCCUGCCGCAAUCAUAAUAAAAUAUUUUGUCUA